CCUGCUCUCGGACAUUUUUCUUUUUUACUCAUUUCUCUGCACCUUCUCCCCUGUUCGCUUGUCUUUUACCUUUUGUUUUAUUUAUAAAAUAUUAGUCUCCUCAUCACUCUCUAUUUUCAUUCCCUGCUUUGCUUCUCUCUGUUCUUCUUCUUCUUCUUCAACCAUGGCCUCAUCUCCAAUCCAAGAAGGUGGAGCGAGGGAUUUGGAGAAAGGACUAGCGACUCCGCAGCUGAGUCAGAAUACCCUCAUGGAAGCUUCACCCACACCAUCACCAUCCUCAACAGCAACACCCACAGCCCUGAUCCUGUCGAAUUCUGGCAAGCGUAUUGAUAGGAUGAGCAGUAGCCUCACCAGUUCCAGUUCUUGUAUCACGGAACAUUCAGCAACACCAUCGCCCUCCUCUUUUGCAACGGCACCAGCUCUGGUUCUAUGCAAUUCUGCCAAGCGUAUUGACAGGAUGUCCAGUAGCCUCACCAGUUCUAGUUCUGGUACUGCAGAAACACCGUCACCAUCCUCUACGACAACAGCCCCAGCUCUGGUCCUGUCAAAUUCUGGCAAGCGGAUUGAUCAAGCAGGCAAAAAGAAAUAUGUGAAACAGGUAACAGGACGCCAUAAUGACACUGAGCUGCACUUGGCAGCACAGCGUGGUGAUCUGGCGGCUGUAAAGCAGAUUCUUGCUGACAUUGAUUCACAGAUGAUGAAGACUGCGAGUGGGGAAGAUUUUGAUUUGGAAGUCUCAGAGAUACAGGCAAGUGUGGUAAAUGAGGUGAAUGAGUUGGGAGAGACAGCCUUGUUUAGUGCUGCAGACAAAGGGCAUCUUGAUGUUGUCAAGGAGUUGCUAAAAUACUCAAAUAAAGAGACGCUUACUCAGAAGACUAAAGCUGGGUUUGAUCCCUUGCAUAUUGCUGCGAGCCAAGGGCACUAUGCUAUUGUCCAAGUGCUCUUAGAUCAUGACCCUGGUCUAUGCCAAACGUUAGGGCCAUCAAAUGCAACCCCUCUUAUCUCUGCAGCUACCAAAGGGCAUACUGAAGUAGUUAAUGAGCUGUUGUCAAGGGAUGGUAGCUUGCUAGAGAGUACCAGAUCAAAUGGGAAAAAUGCACUGCAUCUAGCUGCUCGACAGGGGCAUGUAGAUAUUGUAAAAGCUUUGCUCAGCAAAGAUGCACAGUUAGCAAGAAGAACUGACAAGAAAGGGCAGACCGCAUUGCACAUGGCGGUAAAAGGACAGAACUGUGAGGUGGUGAAGUUGCUUCUUGAGGCAGAUGCUGCUAUUGUAAUGCUUCCAGACAAGUUUGGUAACACAGCAUUACAUGUAGCCACAAGAAAAAAGAGAGCAGAGAUAGUAAACGAGUUGUUGUCCCUUCCUGACUCAAAUGUUAAUGCACUCAACAGAGACCAUAAAACAGCCCUUGACAUAGCUGAGGGGCUUCCUCUCUCUGCGGAAUCCUCAGAUAUAAAGAGCUGCCUUUCUCGCUAUGGUGCCCUCAGAGCUAACGAGCUGAAUCAGCCAAGAGAUGAGUUGAGGCAGACAGUGACCCAAAUUAAGAAAGAUGUCCAUACCCAGCUUGAACAAACCAAAAGAACCAACAAAAAUGUGCAUAAUAUUUCAAAGGAACUUAGGAAACUCCAUCGAGAAGGAAUCAACAAUGCCACCAAUUCAGUAACUGUGGUGGCUGUUCUAUUUGCAACUGUUGCCUUUGCAGCUAUAUUUACUGUGCCUGGAGGAGAUGAAAAUAGUGGAGUUGCUGUGGUUGUAAGGUCCCCUUCUUUCAAAAUCUUCUUCAUCUUCAAUGCCAUUGCUCUCUUCACUUCUUUGGCUGUUGUGGUUGUUCAAAUUACAUUGGUUAGAGGUGAAACGAAAGCAGAGAAACAGGUAGUGGAAGUGAUUAACAAAUUGAUGUGGUUGGCUUCUGUCUGUACUUCAGUUGCUUUUAUGGCCUCCUCUUAUAUAGUGGUUGGCCGGAGACAUAAGUGGGCAGCAAUUUUGGUUACAGUUGUAGGGGGUCUGAUAAUGGCUGGGGUUCUUGGCACCAUGACUUACUAUGUGGUGAAAUCCAAGAGGACUAGAAGGAAGAGGGGAAAGAAUUCAAGGAGGAGUGGAUCCAACUCUUGGCAUCAUUCUGACUUAACUAAUUCAGAAGUAGAAGUUGAUAGGAUUUUUGCCCUCUGAUAUGUGAAUCUAUAGCUUCUGAAAAAGGGGAAGGAAGAUGAAUGUUAGGAGUUACAAAACGGAGUCCCAUUAUGCCAAUUGGAUUUAAAUAAGAAUAAUAUCUUUUUGUCCUGUCUGGUAGUUGGGUACAUACACACCCUACCUUUCAUUACCAUGGCAUGCAAGGUAUGAACAAUUUGUACUACUAAUUCGAGGAAGGCUUUUUAGCUAAGAAGGAAGGAAUUGUGAGGAAUAUGGCAAUUUGUUGUUGUAUGUCCUACGAGUUUGUCGAUUCAGUAUAUUAGUAGAUCUAAAGGCAUGGAUUAUGGUGCAUAAGCUGAUGGCCACGUUACCAAAUGGCAGUGCUUUGAUCAUGCUUCUUAUUCUUUUCAUGCAAGAAAUGGAAAAGUCAUGAUUCCCUGGAGCUAAUCCUCAUAAAACGUUUUCAGUUUUCAUCUGCUGAUAUUGCUCUGCCAGCAUUGUCCGAAAAUCAGCCCGGUUGGAUGGAUUCAACACAUGUUUAAACUCUUUAGUAGUAUCAACUCUAUUAAAGGCCUAGCCUUGAAAAAUGUAUGAAUGAUAAACUUUUGUUGUGAUUAAAUUGUGUUGCUACAGUACAUGGUUGCUGUACUCUCGAUUAAUGUUUCCAGAAAUUGAACAAGAACUUUCAGAACUA